ACAACAUCACGUGGUUGGAGAUCAAAAGAAAGAGAGAGGAAGAGAAAAAAGGGAAAAAUGUGCGAGCGGCAGAAGAGGAAAGAAGGGAAGGGAAGAGAAGAGAAAAAGAGAAGAGAAGAGAAGCAAAAGCGAAGCAAUGAAGCGCGUGUGUCAGAAGUGCUGCUGUGAAACUGGGCUUUAAAAACAGACAACAUUUCAGCUUGUUUCAUUUGUAUCCAGAAAUUCCUCCACUUCUUUCCACUUCCAAAAAAAAUAUUCGGAAAUUAUGUCCCGCUUUCCUGCACCGAUCCAGCCGGCGAGAUGAGGAUGGUGAUGAUGGUGGUGAUGAUGAUGAUGAUGAUGAUGAUCAUGGUCAUGUUGAUGAUGAUGAUGAUGUUGGUAGUGGUGGUGUUUUUUACCCCGAGAAGAAGAGGAAAGGAUUGGGUCUUCACCGUGCUGGAGCUUUUUCUUUGCUUCUUUCUGAGCGUUUCGGCCAAGGACACGGCCUUCGUGGAGGUGGUGCUGUUCGAGUCGAGCCCAAGCGGGGAUUACACCACCUACACCACCGGGCUUCAGGGCCGCUUCUCCCGGGCCGGAGCCACCAUCAGCGCCGAGGGAGAGAUCGUACAAAUGCAUCCUCUGGGUCUGUGUAAUAAUAACGAUGAAGAGGAUCUGUACGAGUAUGGCUGGGUGGGCGUGGUCAAGCUGGAGCAGCCAGAGCUUGACCCCAGCUGCCUGACCGUCCUCGGCAAGGCGAAGAGGGCGGUGCAGAGAGGAGCUACAGCCGUCAUCUUCGACGUGUCCGAAAAUCCAGAUGCCAUCGAUCAACUGAACCAGCUCUCUGAGGACCCCCUGAAGAGGCCGGUGGUCUACGUUAAAGGAGCUGAUGCUGUUAAACUGAUGAACAUAGUAAAUAAACAGAAAGUGGCGCGAGCCAGAAUCCAGCAUCGGCCUCCGAGGCCCACCGAGUAUUUUGACAUGGGGAUUUUCCUGGCUUUCUUCGUCGUGGUGUCUCUGGUGUGCCUCAUCCUCCUCAUCAAAAUCAAACUGAAGCAGCGACGCAGCCAGAGCUCAAUGAACAGGAUGGCCAUUCAGGCUCUGGAGAAAAUGGAGACCCGAAAGUUUAAGGCGAAGGUUAAAGGUCAGCGUGAGAGCAGCUGUGCCGCGUUGGACUCUCUGAGCAGCAGCUCGACGUCUGACUGCGCCAUCUGCCUCGAGAAAUACAUGGAUGGAGAGGAAUUGAGAGUCAUCCCAUGUGCACAUCGUUUCCAUAAGAAGUGUGUAGAUCCGUGGCUUCUGCAGCAUCACACAUGUCCACACUGCAGACAUAACAUCAUCGAGCAAAAGAAAGGAAACCCUGGCCCUGUGUGCAUGGACCCGGGUAACCCGGGGCUCCACAGUCGACAGCCGAGGGUAGUCCUUCCUGUUCACUACCCAGGACGAGUGCAUCGAGCUGGACAAGUGACCGCGUUUCCGACUCGUACUAGCAUGGAUCCUCACGGGAACCCAAUUACUGUAUUAACAGUGGACCAACAUCCGGAUCAGAACCUUUACCCCACGCAGACUAAUUUCAUUCGGAGUUACCACGGCAUGAACCCUCAUCACUGCACCCUAGAGCAUCGAGCACUUCCUUACCCCCAACCUCACGCCUUCAAACGCCCCAAAUUCCCUCGCAACUUCUCUCGUGCAGCUUGUUUCUCUCAGUACGAGACCAUGUAUCAGCACUACUACUUUCAAGGGUUGACCUUUCCCCAGCAGGAAGGACAGCCGGGUAACACCACCCACAAGGGCCACACCAGAUCCUUCCAACCCGGACUUCUGUACCCUACCUUGGUGCACAUGGCAGCACCUUCCUCUUCCCGUCUAGUGGACUCUGGAAGCACCUCGGGGCUAGGAUGUUAUCACGGACACGGCCGAUCCGUGUGUAGCGGAUAUCUCGCAGAUUGUCCUGGUAGCGAUAGCAGCAGCAGUAGCAGCAGUUCAGGACGAUGUCAUUGCUCCUCCAGUGACUCCAUGUUGGAUUGUACGGAAGUGAGCAAUCAGGGAGUUUACGGAAGCUGCUCUACUUUCCGGAGUUCUCUAAGCAGUGACUAUGAUCCGUACGUCUAUCGGAGCAAAAGUCCCUGCCGUGGAGUGGCUGGAGAAUCCGGCUCGGGAUUCCCGGCGACGUCGUCCGUUACCGACGACAUACUGGCUCCUGUUUCAGGAGGAACAGACUGCAUUCCGCCUCCUGUAGGAGCCUGCUACAAUUCGGGGGACCAGCUAUCAAAUUGCAGCCUCGAGCCCAACUGCAGUAGCCACUCGUCACUGGAAACCAGGGAAAUCACUAGCACUACCUCACCCCCAGUUCUAGAGGGAACCGUGGAGCAUUGUGGGGAACAAGGGGCAGCAUGUAGCUGUUGUUUUGAGGUUCCUCCUCUGAGCAUGGAGCGUAAAGGACAGGAAGGAGCAGACGUCGGGGUAGGACGUUGCCGACGAGGCACCGAGUCUCAGAACGUGUCCGUUGCUUCUGCGCAGAACUUUUACGCUACUAGCAAUGAACUCAUGUCACCUGCUGAGCGUGGUAGCUAUGACGGACUGCCUUGCUGCUUCUAUACGGAAAUGAAAGUACACAGAGGAAGCGUCGGACGUUACGCCGAGGACUAUUCCGUAAACGUUCACUAUGCCCAAACAGACAGCGAAGGCUGCUCGGGGCAAGGCUGCUGCGAACUCGCUCAGCGAAUACCCAUAAUCCCAGAGGACACGGACUGCGAAUUGGGUCUCGUUCCCGAGCCUCAAAUGAACCUUCUAACGGGACAGAACAGGACUUCUUUAGACACUAAUCAAGGUUUUUUCACCUCAGGACAAUGCAGAGGUCAAACAUAUCAUCAGCAGCAAGACGAGGAAGCGAGGGCGCUGUUUUCCUCACAGUUUAAAACGAACAAAUCCACAACUGAGGGGUUGUAAGGGAAAAAAACUAGAACGAUGUCACGAUUCAAAAAAAAGUUCAUCAGAAUUUGCACGUUUUUGGUUUUGUUUUAGUUUUUUUCUCGAAGAAUUGUGAAUGGCUAACAUUUAAGCUGGGGGCGGGGUGGCGGAGUUCUCACUCACUGCUUUUCUCAUGAAUUCAGUUUUGCCUCCUUUAGAAAUGUCUGGAAGCGUUCUUCUGAAAUGGAAAUGAUUCCUCUUAUGGUUUCAUUUUCAGUUGAUUCUCACCUUUCACAGCCGACACUUCAGGUGAAGGAGUUUAGAAUCAUUUCGGUCAGAAACGUGCGACACGUGGGCGACUUGGUCCGUCGUUAAUCACCUAGAUAAAUAAAACCAAAAGCGAGCAUUUCAGAGGAAGCUGAGCGUGAGCCAUUUCGGGGGAAACUUGUAAUCGUCCAUCACACGAUCCCAUCUCGCCUCGUCCUCUCCUUUUUCUCUCAGGGUCACUGCCUCCGUAGUACAGAAACAGACCAAGAUUAACCCUUUUUUGUUGUUGUUGUUGUUGUUGUUGUAUUAAUAUAAGCAGGAGACUACUGAGCUGUCUGUACUAUACACCAAAGUUUAGCUAGUCUCCAACGUGCAGUUCAACACUUUACAUCACCAGAAAUUAUCAUUCAAAAAUUAGUGAUUUUGUUUGGGUUUUUUUUUAAAGAAAAUAUUCUGGGUGUUUGGUGCACUUGCAUUUUUUUAUUUUAUUUUAAAUAAAAACACACAAUUUCACCUUUAGACUGAAAAGGCCAAAGGUUUAAGGAGACACAAAUGCAGUUUUUUUUUUAAUGCAUCACACAGUUAUUGUUAUAAAAUGACUUCACACACACACCUUCAUGCCUUUCUGUUUUACAGAAUAUUUUACGCUGUUUCUAUGAAAUGUACCCUUACGGCUUUCACGGGCGGAAUAUCGUGUCGGAAUAACUUUUAUUUAUACGUCGAUUAUUAUUAUUACAGUGCUGUAACACACAAAAAAGAAGAGAGUCUAAUCUUUUGCCUUCCGUAGAUUUAUGUACUGCAAAUGAAAUAUAGCAUUUUUUCGGGGUACUUGAGUCACUAUUUAAUUUUUUUUUGUAUUGUUUGUAGCACUUAAGAAGAUUGUAUAAAAGAACAUUAUGUACAAAAAAAUUAAUAUUUUGUAAUUUUUUUUUUUUUUUAAAGAUAUAAUUAUUUUCUCCAUCAUUUCUCAUUCUUCAGAUGUUAAAGCAGGCUAGAGCUCAAGCCGUGUAUAUAUUGGUGCGUCUGUAUAGCAGCACAUUUCAUAAAUGGAAAUAUGUUCUCUGAAUAUUUAUUAUUGACUAAUAUAUAUUUAUCUGUAAGCCAUGUCUUAUGUUCAGAGCGUCUGAAGAAGUUUUUUUGGAGUGUUUGCUUUUGGAGAUCACUAAUAUGAAAACUUUUUUUUGUAAAUACAUGGUAAUUGCACAUGAGAUGAUAUAAAUAUCCACUGACCAAAAACCUGCUUUUAAGAUUUUUAGUACUAUACAGUUUUGUAACAAAGUGUACAAAGAUUUGGAAAAAAAAACAAUAUAUGGAUUUUAUUCAAUUGAAAAUA